AUGCUGACAGUCAGGUUAGCUUCCACCUUGGCAAGGCAAUUGCCUAGAGCUCUACCCAGGGUAUGCCAAAAUGCACUGGCUGCAGGAUGUGUAUCUGCAAGGCAUAUUUCAUUCACACCAGCGACCUUUGCUGCAGGUCCCAGUGGUGCAGAGGUUUCAUCCAUAUUGGAGGAAAGGAUUCUAGGUCAGUCAUCUGAUGUCAACUUGGAAGAGACUGGACGUGUGUUGUCUAUUGGUGAUGGCAUUGCCCGUGUCUAUGGCUUGAAGAACAUCCAGGCAGAGGAGAUGGUGGAGUUCUCCAGUGGCCUUAAGGGCAUGGCCUUGAAUCUGGAGCCCGACAAUGUCGGUGUGGUAGUCUUUGGUAAUGACAGACUCAUCAAAGAAGGAGAUAUUGUCAAGCGAACUGGUGCCAUCGUGGAUGUCCCUGUAGGAAUGGAACUGCUUGGAAGAGUUGUGGAUGCUUUGGGAAACCCCAUUGAUGCAAAGGGCCCUUUAGGUACAAAAAUCAGAGCCCGUGUGGGUGUCAAAGCACCAGGUAUCAUCCCUCGAACAUCAGUUAAAGAGCCCAUGCAGACAGGUAUUAAGGCUGUGGACAGUCUGGUGCCCAUUGGCAGAGGACAGCGUGAGCUGAUCAUUGGUGACAGGCAGACUGGCAAAACCGCCAUCGCCAUUGACACCAUCAUUAACCAGAAACGAUUCAACGAAGGUGGUGAGGAUAAGAAGAAGCUCUUCUGCAUCUAUGUUGCCAUUGGACAGAAGAGAUCAACUGUUGCCCAGCUUGUGAAGAGGCUCACUGAUGCUGAUGCCAUUAAGUACACCAUCGUUGUGUCUGCUACUGCAUCUGAUGCUGCCCCACUACAGUAUCUGGCUCCCUACUCUGGUUGUGCCAUGGGAGAGUUUUUCCGUGACAAUGGCAUGCAUGCCUUGAUCAUUUACGAUGACUUGUCCAAACAGGCCGUAGCAUACCGCCAGAUGUCACUGCUGUUGCGCCGUCCUCCAGGUCGUGAAGCCUACCCUGGUGAUGUCUUCUACCUCCACUCUCGUCUGCUGGAGAGAGCUGCUAAGAUGAAUGACACCCAUGGAGGUGGCUCACUCACAGCUCUGCCAGUCAUUGAGACUCAGGCUGGUGAUGUGUCUGCUUACAUCCCCACCAAUGUCAUUUCAAUCACAGAUGGUCAGAUCUUCUUGGAAACUGAGUUGUUUUUCAAGGGCAUUCGACCAGCCAUCAACGUUGGUCUGUCCGUCAGUCGUGUGGGGUCUGCAGCUCAGACACGGUCCAUGAAGCAGGUUGCUGGCUCCAUGAAGCUAGAGUUGGCUCAGUACCGUGAGGUGGCUGCCUUUGCACAGUUUGGUUCUGACUUGGACCAGGCUACCCAGAACUUGCUGAGGAGAGGUGUUCGUCUAACGGAGAUCCUCAAACAAGGCCAAUAUGUACCAAUGGCCAUUGAAGAGCAAGUGUGUGUCAUCUACUCUGGUGUGCGUGGAUACCUGGACAAACUCGACCCAUCCAGAAUCACCCAGUUCGAGGCAGAGUUCCUGAAGCACCUGCGCAGCUCCCAGCAGGAGCUCCUCAAAACCAUUGCCAAGGAGGGCAAAAUCAAUGAACAGGCUGAUGAAAAGUUGAAGCAGGUGGUGACCACUUUUUUGGCUGGGUUCCAGAGCUCAUAA